GCUUAGCAUGAGUACCUAGAUUACAUAGGCAAUGAAUUUUUAGACACUUUCCACAUCACAAAUUGAUAGAGAAACAGACGCUAUGGCACUCAGAACUCCACUUACUAACUCUGCCAGACAGCAGAAAUUACCGGUCAGAGAUUUGUACAGCACUGUGAACAGACUCUGUGCUCAUGGAGUAACGUAGGAACAGAUUAAUGAAUUGCAAGGAGAUGCUGAAGGAGGGACUAUUGCCCUUAUCCUCUAUGAACUGUCCAUUACACUUCAGGAGCUUGCAGGCUCUUUACUGGGACAUCUUUUCCAUUUUCUGUGCCAUCCCUCACUGUACAGGAAGGAAAGAUCAAUGGGGAGAGCCUCGAGCUGGGGUUCCCUUUCGCCACAGGAGGCAAGGUGGGAAAAACCUUUGAAGAGCGUAACUGUCUGAGUCCUCAAACUGUAUUUACCGGAGCAAAAUUAAUUGCACGAAUAAUUUGUAACUCUCUGGCUCUCCCCGGCGCCAGCCACGCCACACCCAAGAUGGCGGCCGUGCCCUGAGGGCGCUCCCCACAGCGCCGCGCCCUUUCCCGCCCGCCGUGCGCGGCGUUACGGCUCCGGGGGGGAACGCGGGAGGGUAUGGCGGAGCCGCCGGAAGCGGCGGAAGAGUUUCGCGGGCGGACCCAGCAGGGCGGAAGUCGCUGAGGCGAACGGGGGUGGCGGCGGCAGCGAGCGACGAUGAACAACAAAUUCGACGCAUUGAAAGAUGAUGAUAGUGGAGACCAUGACCAGAAUGAGGAAAAUAACACACAGAAAGACAGUGAGAAGGAAAAGAACGAUCGUGAGAAACUGCAGAGUACUACCAAGAGGAAGGCUGUGGUGCCGGGGCCAGCUGAGCACCCCUUGCAGUACAACUACACCUUCUGGUACUCGCGGCGCACCCCCGGGCGGCCCACCAGCUCCCAGAGCUACGAGCAGAACAUCAAACAGAUCGGCACCUUUGCCUCCGUGGAACAGUUCUGGAGGUUUUACAGUCACAUGGUACGUCCUGGGGACCUGACAGGCCACAGUGACUUCCAUCUUUUCAAAGAGGGCAUCAAACCCAUGUGGGAGGAUGAUGCCAACAAAAAUGGUGGUAAAUGGAUUAUCCGUCUGCGGAAGGGCUUAGCAUCACGGUGCUGGGAGAAUCUUAUUCUGGCCAUGUUGGGAGAGCAGUUCAUGGUGGGGGAAGAAAUCUGUGGGGCCGUUGUCUCUGUCCGAUUCCAGGAGGACAUCAUCUCCAUAUGGAACAAGACAGCCAGUGACCAGGCCACGACAGCCCGGAUACGUGACACGUUACGAAGAGUGCUCAACCUACCUCCCAACACCAUCAUGGAAUAUAAAACCCACACCGACAGCAUCAAGGCCUGGGAGGAGUUUCAUGGCCUGGUGAACAGCAGUGGCCGCUGAUCGAACGCUCCCCCUCCCUCUGUCACACCCAGGGGAUAAUUCAAGCUUUCGAAACACAAAAAUCACAUUGUGAGAACAAGAGUUGGCACUAAGCUCCUCUCUCCGUGUUGAAAGCACUGAGAGUGGCCUCCAACCUCUGAAGGGACUCAUGGGCCACUCUCGCACUCCUCCCUGGGGGAAGGAUCCAUCUGAAGCCCUCCAGCAGCGGUGACAAUAGAGGCCGAUUUUGUCUUACACAAACUUUUUUUAGCAGUGGGGCGGGAGGCAGCCUUUCAGUUAGCGGCGGGCCCUUGGGGCCGCAUCUUGCAGCACUUUCCUGUCUUUCUCUACAUGGCACGCAGGAUCUCUGGAAUUCUGCCUCAACAUCGGAGCCUUUUGCUGAGGGAUACCAGUAUUAUAAAUCUCUCUGCAGCUGGGAGGAGCAUCCCAGUUGAGAGUCAGCCCUGUGGUUUUCAAAUGCCCCUUUUCAGUUCUGCCAAUAAAUUAUUGGGUCUCUUUGUUUC